GUCGAGCCGUGCCCCGUCGUUGUGCGUGUCCCGGAAGUGAAAGCGUAGCCCCGAUGUGUGUGUGUUUCUCGGUGUGUCGGUAGCAGUCGGUGUGUGUCGGUGUCUCGGUGUCUCCCGGUGCGUCUCGGUGUCUCGGUGUCUCGGUGUCUCCGCCUGAAACAUGGACACGUUAAACAAGCUGAAGCAGUUCGACGCGUACCCGAAAACUCUGGAGGACUUCCGCGUGAAGACGUGGGGCGGAGCGACCGUGACCAUCAUCAGCGGCGUCAUCAUGUUGAUCCUGUUCGUCUCCGAGCUGCAGUACUAUCUCACCAAAGAGGUUCACCCCGAGCUGUACGUGGACACGUCGCGAGGAGACAAGCUGAAGAUCAACAUUGACGUCAUCUUCCCUCACAUGCCCUGCGCCUAUCUCAGUAUAGAUGCGAUGGACGUGGCCGGCGAGCAGCAGCUGGACGUGGAACAUAAUCUGUUCAAACAGCGGCUGGACAAAGACCUCAAACCUGUCACUGUGGAGGCAGAGAAACACGAGUCUGUGUUUGUAGAGCUCGGCAUGGCUGACGAUGGAGAAGUGUUCGACCCGAGCACGCUCGACCCGAACAGAUGCGAGAGCUGCUACGGAGCCGAGACCGAAGACCUCAAGUGCUGUAACACCUGUGACGACGUGCGCGAGGCGUACCGGCGGCGAGGCUGGGCGUUCAAGAGCGCCGACACCAUCGAGCAGUGCAAGAGGGAGGGCUUCUCGCAGAAGAUGCAGGAGCAGAAGAACGAAGGCUGCCAGGUGUACGGCUUCCUGGAAGUCAACAAGGUGGCAGGAAAUUUCCACUUCGCUCCAGGAAAAAGUUUCCAGCAGUCUCACGUCCACGUGCACGCUGUGGAAAUACACGACCUGCAGAGCUUCGGCUUAGACAACAUAAACAUGACCCAUCUGAUAAAACACCUGUCGUUCGGUAAAGACUACCCCGGCAUCAUCAACCCUCUGGACGACACGGACGUCACGGCACCACAGGCAUCGAUGAUGUACCAGUAUUUCGUGAAAAUCGUUCCCACCAUCUACGUGAAAACCGACGGAGAGGUGGUGAAGACAAACCAGUUUUCAGUCACCAGGCAUGAGAAAGUGGCCAACGGGCUAAUAGGAGACCAGGGGCUGCCGGGCGUGUUCGUGUUAUACGAACUGUCGCCCAUGAUGGUUAAAUUCACAGAGAAACACAGAUCGUUCACACACUUCCUAACGGGAGUGUGCGCCAUCAUCGGAGGCGUGUUUACAGUGGCCGGUCUGAUCGACUCGCUCAUCUACCACUCAGCUCGGGUCAUCCAGAAGAAGAUAGAGCUGGGCAAGGCGUCCUAACACCCACCUAACUGCCCCCUCCCCGCCGCCGCCGCCGGCCUCCACGGUGCAACACAGACCAAGACACGGACAGAGACAGAAAGAAGGUGGACGGACAGACGGACAGACGGGAGGAGAAGUUUGUUGUCUUUCUGUCAGAAAUCCAGAGAGAGGCUUUAAAUCUGUUUGUGUUUUGUUGUGGAGAAGCACUGGAGAUGAACUUUUUUUUUAUUAUUUUGAUCUCCACUGUUAAAUUCGAUGCCAACUGGACUUUUUGAGAUUGAACUCGAGCGGAGAAGAGAAGACGCCUCAUCGAUUCAGACCUUCCUUCCCUUUUCUUCUGUUCACGCUCGCCACACUGAAUGUUGUUCACAGGAUCUUUGGUCCAGCGUGGAGGUGUUUGAAGGAAAACGUUCUCUUCUCACUCAUCUCAUGAAACCUGAGCUGCUCCAUGGAGAAAUGUUCAGCAGGAUGACACGACAGGAAAAAUAUGUACAUAUAUGUUUCUAUAUACUUCACUUCCUCCCUCCUUAUUGGCCGCUGAGUUAAAACUAAGAAUACUGUCGUCAUUUUCUUGAUCAAUCGAUCAGAAAAUGUUUAAAAAAUGUUGAUCAAAGCCAAAUGUGACGUGCUCAGAUGUUUUCUUCACGUUUAAGAAGCUGACAGAGAAUUUAGACAUUUACCACGAUCAAAGAGCUGCCGGGUAAUUUAAUGGAUGACAAUUAAUCGUCUAAUCGUUGCAGCUCUAGUUGUUUCCGUGAGUGUGUGAGAGGGUCGUGAACUUCAGGCUUUGUGAGUAGUUGAAACAUUUUGGGUGACGCGUUCGUUUAAAGAUCCUCGACACAAACUGAUUCAACGACACCGCACGGGAAGAUUUGUGUCCUCGCUUCGUGUGUGUGUGUGUCAGGUCUGUCCAAGACACACACACACACACACACACACACACACACACACAGCGGCUUUAAAGACAAAUUGACUUGAUGUAAUCA